GGCGUUUUCCCAGGAGCCAGGCGGGGAUGGGUUUUAUAUAGAGGCUGCUGCAGACAGUGAGCGAGUCAGUGACACAGAGAGAGAGAGUGAGCUGCUGCUGCUGCUGCCUGAACAUUACAGUGUCUGUGUGGGUGCAACAAACAGCCAGCUCUAACCCCACCAUCCUCCCUGUGCAGCCAUGGGCAAGGACUAUUACAGCAUCCUGGGCUUGCAGAAAGGAGCUUCCGAGGAAGACAUCAAGAAAGCUUAUCGGAAACAAGCCCUGAGAUGGCACCCGGACAAGAAUAAAGCCGCGAACGCCGAGGAGAAGUUCAAAGAAGUGGCCGAAGCUUACGAGGUCCUGAGUGACCCCAAGAAGAGAGAGAUCUAUGACCAGUUUGGGGAGGAAGGGCUGAAAGGAGGAGCUGGUGGUCCCGAUGAACAGGGAGGAACAUUCCGCUACACCUUCCAUGGAGACCCUCAUGCCACCUUUGCAGCAUUCUUUGGGGGUGCCAAUCCUUUUGAGAUGUUCUUCGGCAGGAGGAUGGCAAAUGGACACCAGGAAGAGGGCAUGGAUGUGGACUCUGACCCCUUUGCCCAGUUUUCAGGCUUCAGCAUGAAUGGCUUCCCGAGGGACAGGCAUGGCGGAGGACUGAUGGGACAGAUGCGGCGCAGGCAAGACCCGCCCAUCAUCCAUGAGCUGCGGGUGUCCCUCGAGGAGAUCUUUAAUGGCUCUACCAAGAGGAUGAAGAUCUCCAGGAAGCGGCUGAACCCGGAUGGUAGGACCAUCAGGAUGGAGGACAAGAUACUGACUAUCGAAAUUAAAAAGGGCUGGAAAGAGGGAACCAAAAUCACAUUCCCAAAAGAAGGGGACGAAACACCAAACACUAUCCCAGCAGAUGUGGUUUUUGUACUCAAAGACAAGCCUCACUCCCACUUUAAGAGAGAUGGAUCGAAUAUUAUCUACAAUGUCCGCGUCAGCCUGAGGGAGGCUUUAUGUGGUUGUGUAGUACAUGUGCCAACCAUGGAAGGCAGAUCGAUCCCACUAGCAACUCAGGACGUGAUCAAACCAGGAUCAAGGAAGAGGAUAAGCGGCAGAGGAUUACCAUUCCCUAAAAACCCAGACCGCCGAGGUGACCUGAUUGUGGAAUUUGAAGUAAUUUUCCCAGACUUUAUAUCCACAUCGUCCAAAGAAGUGCUGAAAAGACAUUUACCCACAUCGUAAAUGUCAGGACUGGACUUCAGCAGAAGUGUCACUCCACUGUAUAUAGUGAACUAACUGCUUUGCAGUGUUGUGCUUGGGCCAUGUGCGUGUUCUGGGAAGAAAUAUCAAUGCAUGUUUUGGGAGGUCUCUCAAACAGCAAUAAUCUUUUGCCGUGGUUCUUAAAGCAGAGACCGAAGCUUUUUACCAUAUCCUUUUCAGGGCAGUCGUUGACCUUUUGUACUUUUUUUAUUUAGCAAAUUGUUUUCUUUCCUCUCGUGUAAAUAUAAAAUGCUGCCCAACAAACAGCAAUUCGUAUUCUUGGCAAAAGAGGAAAUUGAUACUCAGAGGCUGGUUCAAAGCUUACACUUGAGGACUAGCUCAAAGUAGAAAUAGCCUGGGUUCAGAUUGCAGUUUGCGAUGUUCACCAAAAAGUGUGUUUUCACCAGAUUAACACUCAUUUAUAAAUAUCGCACAAACUUUAAGAAGUUCAGCAUCAUGCAAUUUGACUGUCUGUGUCUAUGCACUGUUAAAUUAAUUCAUUGUUAUUUUGAACUCCACUGAGAUUCUCUUGUGUGCAUUUGGUGGACAUGUAAAAUCUUUCUGUGAUGCCCACUCGAACUGUGAACAAUGUCCAGUGUUGUAAUUGAUUUUCUUUAUUCCCCAUCCCAAUGUGGAUGGUGUUUGCAAGGAUCACUGAGUGACGAAGCAUUAGAAUGAAGUACUGUUGUUAUAGUUAUGUUGGAAGAGGAGGUAGCUAUUUGGGGUGAUUAACUGCAUUGGAGCAACGUCAGGGUACUGGCUCACAUCCAAUUUUAUUUGUAGCUUCACAAAGACAGUAACAGAAGUGGUCAAACAAAAGUAACAGUAUUUAUUAAAAUCUAAAAUCAAAAUGUUUUUGCUCCUUGUAUGAUAAAAUGUACUGUUUGAACAAUAAUGCUUUUAUUUUGUUAAAAUGAUAAAUACAUGAACAAAGUUAACA